AUGGAAGGAAUCAAGAAUCUACCGUCAAUGGUCAAACAAGGUUAUUACAUGGUAAAACUCGAUAUCAAGAAAGCUUACCUCUACGUGUUAGUAGAUCCACAAUACAGAGACUUAUUCCGCUUCGUGUGGAAAGGUUCGCACUACCGUUGGAAAACAAUGCCGUUCGGGUUAUCGACAGCUCCUCGUAUCUUUACAAUGCUGUUAAGACCUGUGCUUCGAAUGUUGAGAGAUAUAAACGUAUCCGUCAUCGCUUACUUGGACGAUCUAUUAAUCGUCGGUUCAACAAAAGAAGAAUGUUUAUCCAACCUCAAAAAGACAAUGGACUUACUUGUCAAACUAGGUUUCAAGUUAAAUCUAGAAAAGAGUGUUCUCGAACUAACUCAAUCAAUUACGUUUCUCGGAUUACAAAUCGGUUCAAUAUCAAUGAAGCUUCUUGUUCCCAAAGAAAAGAAGAAAAGUGUCAUCAAAGAAAUAAGAAACUUUUUAAAACUAGAUUGUUGCUCCCCAAGAAAGCUUGCUGGUUUAAAAGGAAAGCUAGUCGCACUGAAAGAUGCAUUCAGACUUUCCACUCGUCGAACAAACAAGUUUCACUCUCAGUGUCUGACUCUAGCCAAUGGAGAUUGGGAUCAAUCGUUCCCCAUUCCUCAAGAUGUCAAGUCAGAGAUUUCACAUUGGUUAACAGUUCUAAACCAAUGGAAUGGAAAAGAAAUCAGUCUGUUUCCAAGUUACGACUAUGUUCUUACAACCGAUGCCUCGGAAUCAGGUGCAGGUGCCACACUCAAGAAAGGAAACAAGGUAAUCAAAACUUGGUCAUUCCAGUGGUCAACAACUCAAUCAAACAUGUCGUCAAAUCGUCGAGAAAUGCUCGCGCUGCUAAUGGCCUAUCAAGCGCUAUGUCAGAAACUGAACAACUGCAAGCUGAAGAUUCAAACCGACAAUACUACCACUCUCUCUUACAUCAAUCGCCAGGGUGGUCAGAUACAAGAUCUCUCAGUUCUGUUCGAACAACUUUGGAAACAAUGCCUCAAGAAGAAAGUGAACUUGAUUGGAGAGCAUAUUCCAGGAUUCUUCAAUGUAAAAGCACCUCAGCCGUCUUUCAGAGAAGAAUCACAAAUCAUCGUCCAGAGUAAUCAAGAGUUACAACUGGCAACUGAAGAAGGAAGUGUUCAAUCGCAUCCAACUUCAAUUCGGUCAAAUACAGAUAUAUCUGUUCGCAUCUCACCUCAACCAUCAAACGAACAACUACUCAACAAUCAGAAUGAAUGCACUCCACCUCGAUUGGAGUCAAUGGAAGCAAUGUCUGGCCUUCCCACCACCCAUUCUUUUGCCUUCUAUCCUGGAGAAGAUGAACUCAUCCAGUUCGAAGAAGGUUUCUUUAAUACUGAUCUUCCCAAUCUGGAGAUCAGCAACUUGGUAUCCGAUGAUUCAAGCACAAGUUCCUCGUCAUCAUCGUCACAUGUUUCCUCAAGUACUGGGAACAUUCCAAGAAGUAUUGACCAAACAAUCAGUAGAGUCGAUACCAAUCCAGAUUCAACAACGUUGGAAACUGGGGAUUAUUCAACUUUCCAAUAUCAUGUAAUGUCCUUCGCUGGUACAACAAAUACAAAAACAGCUGAGCUGUUAAUGAAGUCUUGGGAACCUUCUACUCUCAAAGUAUAUAGCUCCAGUUAUACAAGAUUCCGCAAUUUCUGUACUUUGAACUCUUUGAAUCCAGCAAACAUUACCUUAGUUGUUUUCAUGGAUUAUCUUACACAUCUGUUCAAACACAAACCUCCGUUAGCCUUCUCAACAAUUAAUGGUCAUCGCUCUAUGUUGAAUCAGUUGUUACUCCUUAGGAAUCAAACUGAUAUUGUUAAUGAUCCAUUCAUCACAAGAAUUAUGACUGGUAUUCACAAGUUGCGUCCUUCAUCUGCAAAGUAUAAAGAGAUAUGGGAUGCAAAUCAAGUAUUCAAGCACUUGUCUACUAUCAAAGUCAUCCCUAAGUACACAUACACUGCGCUAUUAAACAAGACACUUGUACUCUGUAAAACGUUUGGUUUAGCAAGAUCAUCAGACUUGGUGAAGUGGUCGUUCAAAGGUCUCAUUAUUACUACUGACUCAAUCAAAGGUCCAGUUAUCAAUGCUAAAGAACAAAGAAAUGGUGUUGUUUCAAUCUUAGAAUUAACUUCGUUAGAUGAUACUAACUCUCAAGUAUGCCCUAAUGAGGGCGAACAGCUCCAAGUUAAUGAUAUUAAUUCAAUUGUAUUAUCCUCACUCUCAAAGUCAGGUAUUGAUAUUGCCAAGUUCAAAUCUCACUCUACCCGUUCCUCUAUGGCUUCUCUGCUGUUGUCCAAUAACGUUCCGUUCCACGUUGUCAAGAAGAUGGGUCGUUGGAAAUCAAACGAUACUGUGCCGGUUCGAAAUUUUUUAUUCUUCGAAUGUUCUUGUGUAAAAGUCACUCACACUAAUCUUCAAUCCAUUGUCACAUUUGUUCAAUCUUUAAUCAAACAGUCCAAUUUUUAA